AUGGCACAGUCCGGCACCUCAGCUCAAUUCGCUCCGUGUAAUGAGCAGAAUGUACUCAUCCUGGUUGAGAAGCUGCUUUUGCAGGAUCAGCAAGCCAAGUAUUACCAAGGCCAACUUGAGUCUAGGAUUUACAGUGAUAAUGCCGCAUUCCAAAGACUGCGGGUUUAUUGUGUCCAGCUCGAGAAAAUGGCCUCAAGUUUAGAGAGUCAGAAGUCCCUACAGGAGACUUCAUUUCGGUCAGCAGCAGAAACAUGUCAGCUCAUGGCCCGCGAUCUCUCUUUAGAGAGAGCUAGAGUGCAGGAACUAGAGUCGCGCCUCAAUGACUUAUAUCCUACCAUUGAAACCUUCCUCAAAGGCUCGACUGUUGGACAAUCUCGACAUUGUGAGACGGAGGUGAUGCGCGAACUGCAGCAGGAGAAUUACUACCAGCGGGAAUUAAUCACUUGUCUUCAGUCUGCGCUUCAGGCGCGAGAGGAAACUGUUGAAGAGCUUAAGCUCUCUUUGAAGGAGACUCUUCAGGCCAUUCAGGGUGGCAGCGGGGAUAAUACCCCACGUCAGCCAAAAGUAGAUGAGACCUAUUCUAGUGACGAAGAUGGUUCUGUGGAAAUCAUCACCAACAGGCCACCCUCAGUCAUUCACCAUAGGGACAUUUGA